AUGUCUGAGUUCACCACCCGCGUCAUCGGCGCCCCCAACACCCUCGAGCACCGCGUCUUCAUCGAGCACAACGGUGCACCCGUCUCGGCCUUCCACGAUGUCCCUCUGUACGCCGACAAGGCCAACAACAUCUUCAACAUGAUUGUCGAGAUCCCCCGCUGGUCCAACGCCAAGCUCGAGAUCUCUAAGGACGAGCCCUUCAACCCCAUUAAGCAGGACGUCAAGAAGGGCAAGCUCCGCUUCGUUCGCAACUGCUUCCCCCACCACGGUUACAUCUGGAACUACGGUGCUCUCCCCCAGACCUGGGAGGAUCCCACUCAGUCCCACCCCGAGACCAAGGCUCGCGGUGACAACGAUCCCUUGGAUGUCUGCGAGAUUGGUGAGCAGGUCGGCUACACCGGUCAGAUCAAGCAGGUCAAGGUCCUCGGUGUCAUGGCUCUUCUCGACGAGGGCGAGACUGACUGGAAGGUCAUUGUCAUUGAUAUCACCGAUCCCCUUGCCAACAAGUUGAACGACAUUGAAGAUGUUGAGCGUCACCUCCCUGGCUUCAUCCGUGCCACUAACGAGUGGUUCCGCAUCUACAAGAUCCCCGACGGCAAGCCCGAGAACCAGUUUGCCUUCUCUGGUGAGGCCAAGAACAAGAAGUACGCCUUGGACGUCGUCAAGGAGACCCACGAGGCUUGGGAGCGUCUCAUCAAGGGCGAGAUCCCCUCCAAGACUGAGGUCUACGAUCUCCAGGUGAGCAACGUCUCUGUUCAGGGAAGCCCUUACCUUGUUGGUGCCGAGGACGAGGUUGUCAAGAACAUCCCCGCCGCUGCUGCCAAGCCCGCUGCCCCCAUCGACCCCUCGGUCGACAAGUGGUUCUUCAUCUCUGGAACCAGCAACUUGUAA